AUGACAACUCCCAAAUUCAAUUCCAAGUCGCCCACGAUUCGGCGCAUACGUAAAGAAGCCGCACGCCUUUCUAUCAUCCUCGCUCCUCUCGCUGACCACCGCCACCUAGUUCGCGAAGCACAAGAACUCUCCAACUCGCCGUCUCCCGAUUACACGGCCGCUCCCCUAGAAUCAGACCUUUUCGAAUGGCAUUUCACAUUUCGCGGCCCCCCAAAUUCUUCCUAUAGCGACGGAAUCUACCACGGCCGCAUCGUACUGCCGCCUACAUACCCCCUUCGCCCGCCGAGCUUCCGAUUCCUCACCCCGAGCGGCCGAUUCGAGACGAACCGCGAGAUUUGCCUCAGUAUCAGUGGCCAUCACGAAGAGACAUGGCAACCUGCCUGGGGAGUGAGGACAGCUUUGGUCGCAUUACGUAGCUUCAUGGAAACUGACCCAAGGGGUCAGCUUGGCGGCCUCGAGACGAGCGACGCGGUGCGCAAGAGACACGCAGCGGCAUCACAUAUGUUCAAGUGCCAAACAUGCGCCAAGACAAACCUUGAGAUAAUCCAAGAAUGCGAAGAAAGCGCCAAGGCCGUCGCCGGCACCUCAGAGUCCAACGAAGUCGGUAUACCGUCCGAGUUGAAGAUGAGCUGGAAAGACGAGAUGGCCAAGCCAAAGGGGUCCGAGGAGGGCUCACCCGCGCCAGACGUGUCACAGCGGGAAGAGGGAGAUACUGAAAGCGCCGAGCUCGCCGAGGGUUUUGUUCGAACGGCGCCCGAGACAGGUCUAGAAGCAAACCAAGUGCCAGCAUCAACAUCCGCGCCUCCCGCAGCUCGUCUCACCGAAGGAGUGCCAGCCCCCACAAGGACAGUCUCGCUACCUCCAGCGCCAAACGUACGGCAAGUUCACCAAGGGCCGCAUGAUGAGGGUGUGCCGCUAUGGGUGGACCGAUCCAUUGUAGCUAUUGUGGUGCUCCUGCUGGCCAUGAUUGUGAAGAUGGUCCUUGACUUUUAA